GCGGGGCGGGAGCACGGUGGGCCUGGUGACCGGCCUCAGCUCGGCCGCCGUUCCUCCUCCUCCUCCUCCUCCUCCUCCUCCUCCUCCUCCUCCUCCUCGCCGCCGCAGCUGGCGCUGCUCGUGAUGCAGCCGUGCGGCGGCGGCGAAGAGGCGGCGGCGGCGGCGGCGGGGGGGGUGGUGCUGCCGCCGCUUCCGGGCUCCGACCCGCCGCUGCCGCCCUCCGGUAGCGGCGGGAUCAUGUUAUUCUACGAGUUGGGGGGCGACGGCGAGGCCGAGGCGGGGGAGGAGGCCGAGGCCGAGGCGGCGGGCGGCGAGAGCACAGCUAGCUUGGAGGAGCUGGAGGAGGAGGAGGCGGCGGCGGCGGUUUCGAGCGGCGAAGCGGCGGCGGCGGCGGGCGGCGGCUGCAAGAGCUGCACCUACCAGGGCUGCAGCGAGACCACCACGCAGGUGGUGAAGCAGCGCAAGCCCUGGAUGUGCAAGCGCCACCGCAACAAGAUUUACAAAGACAAGUACAAGCGCAAGAAGAGCGACCAGGCCCUGGGGGGCGGCGGCGGGGCGGCGGCCGCGGCGGGGGGCGGCCCGCGGGCCGAGGAUAGUGUUGAAGGUUCAGUUUCAGUUACAAAACAGAGAACAGGAUCCAUUGGAGAUCGCCCAGCAAGACCUACUCUUUUAGAACAAGUAUUGAAUAAAAAGAGGCUGUCCCUACUCCGAAGUCCAGAAGUAGUGCAGUUUCUACAGAAGCAACAGCAGCUGUUAAGUCAGCAGGCUUUGGAGCAAAGGCAGCAACAGUUUCAAGGAGCACCUGGGUAAUCAGAACACAUCAGUGACCUGCAGAUGAAUCUGGUGCUGGAGGAGGAAUGGGAUGUGUGUUUUAUAUAAAUACAAAGAAUCUCGAUGUUUAAAGGAAAAGUAAAGUUGCUGCUGUUACGCGUUUUACUUGUUUGCACUUUUGAGGUUUUGAGCUGCUCGGGUGUCUGCAAACUUGUGAGCAAAUCUGGAGGAGUCUAUUUUUUUUAUUAUUUUAAAAAUUUCAUUUUAAUGUUUAAUUUUUUAAUAGAAAUGUGUUUAUAUUAGUAUUGUUUAGCUGUACACCCUUUUCCUACCAAAGUCUUCCACUAAAUUAACAUUUUUCUAUAUAAGGAUUUACUGUUAAACAAGUCACUCUUUGAUGACAAUCAUUGAAGUCAGUCAGUUACUUUCUAUGGAAGUUGUGAAAUAAAGUCCUGAAUUUGAGCCAGUCCAGUGUCAUGACCUAAUAGCAGUUGCUCAGGGAUGUGAGAAACUUAUGCGCAGUAGAAUCUUGCACUAAAGGCAAAGACAACAUGCUAUCAAAAAGUUGGAUCUAGUGGCUCAGAAAAAAUGAAAAUCAGGUGAUUCUCCAGCUAUAUAUUCAUUAUCUGCAAGUUGAGUAGGUUUGAAGUGCUUCAUUGUGUGUGCAAACAUGUAAAAGAAUUUCUGUUUAAAAGUUCCAAAAGAGAAAUGGCAGAAAGCUUUAGAGAAGAAUUAGGUGAAACGUAUGCAACUGAGAGUUGGACUUUGUUUUGUGAAGUUAUUUGUAAGGACCAACGUCUUUUACAUUAAAUAUAACUUAAUUACAGAUGACAAUAUCACUCAUUUUUUAAGUGACUAUAUUAAAUUUUAAAGCUUUUAACUCAUAAUAGCAAAUACAUCCAAAAACUAAGAUGUAAUUGUGCAUUUUUUUUCCUUUGUGUAGUAUUUUUCUUACAAAAAAAAAGGUAUAGUUAGAAUUCUUCUAUUAAGACAACUGAUAUGUAAUCAGCUCGAGUGCUAGACUUCUUAGGUUUUCAGCCAGUUCAGAUGAGCUUGCAGUUGAUUGGGUUAAGAAUCCAAACACUGUAUUAUGUAGUGUUAAAUCCCACGUAUUGUUGUUAAAACAAAGUUUUGUAUUAAAACAUACUUCUGAAUAGAGUUUAUCUGAAUGGCGUAGGUGCUUACCAAAAAUACUACUUUGAUAUUGCAACAGUUUGAUUUGCUAAAUAGUCUCUCUUCGGAAGUAUUUGUUAGUCUGGUGAAUUUUUACAAGCUGUGCUUUGUGUAUGUAUAGAACUUGUUUGGUAAGAAUUUAUUGUAUUUAGCAUUGUCCAGGUUGUUCUUUCAAAAAGUAAAUGAAAAGCUUUGUAUCAACUGUUCUGGACCAGUGUUUGAGUAAAAUCUUUUUAUUUAAAAAACAAA